AUGAAGUUCGACAGUGUGUUUGAGUACAUUGGGGAGUUUGGAACCUACCAGAAGAGGAUCUAUUUUCUAGUGUGUCUGCCCGCCAUCUCGACUGGCAUCCAGAUGUUGAUGGCAGUUUUCAUCCUCAAUGUUCCGGACCAUAGAUGUGGUAUUCCUGGCGUUAAGAACGACACGUUCGCGAGCCAGGGUCCGGUCCACGCCUCCCUCCUCAACUACACCAUCCCGUGGAAGAAGGACGACAACGGAGAUCCGGCCCGCGCUUCCUGUGAGCGAUAUUCACAAAACCUCACGAGCACUUCGUCCAAAUCUGUCGUCUGGAACUCGAGUCGGACCGGCUGUACGUACUGGGUAUACGACAGAUCCGUGUUUAAAGAGACGAUCAUAACAGAGAUGAACCUGGUAUGUAACCAGAAGGAACUUAGAGCGCAUGCCAACAUGGUUCUCAUGGGUGGUAUUUUGUUUGGAGCGAUCUUUCUCGGGCUGCUGAGUGACGCAGUUGGUCGGAAGGUCGCCUUCAUGCUGUCUGUCGUCGUGCACGCUGGCGUCUGUAUCGGGACGUCGUUCGUCACCAACUUCUACGUCUUCAUGGCUAUCAGGUUCUUCGUUGGCGCUUCCAGCGCCGGUCUCUUCAUGGGAGCCUUUGUCAUAGGAAUGGAGCUUGUCGGACCAUCCAAACGAACGUUCGCCGGAAUCGUCAUAGAAAUAUUUUGGUGUCUUGGUCUGUUUACCGUUGGGGGCGUGGCUUACGCUCUUCGUGAUUGGCACCAUCUCCAGCUGGCAUGCUCAGUGCCAACCGUCCUACUCUUCUCUUAUUACUGGUUGAUUCCUGAAUCGCCAAGAUGGCUGCUCUCGAAAGGGCGUUACGCCGAAGCAGAAGCAAUCAUCCAGAAAGCAGCUCAAGUGAACGGAGUAAAACUGCCGGACAAACUGUUUGACAAGGACACUUUGGAUGAAAAUACGUCAGAAGCUAAAAUAUGGGAAAUGUUUACCUCUCCCACAUUACUCAUCCGAAGUUUAAUAAUAUUUAUAAACUGGUUGGUCGUCAGCAUGGUUUACUACGGCCUGGGUCUGAACGUCGGCAACCUCGGCGGCGACGUGUUUCUCAACUUCACAAUCGCCAACAUUGUCGAGCUGGUCUCCUAUUUCCUGUGUAUUGCACUGCUUGACCGUGUCGGCCGGAAGUUGCUGCAUUGUGGGAGCAUGUUGCUAGGCGGUGUCGCGUGCGUGGCAACCCUGUUUCCAGUAAUAUAUGGCACUUCCGAUCACGAGUGGAUCACGGUCACUCUGUCCAUGAUCGGCAAACUCGGGGCAUCAGCUGCAUUCGCCAUUAUUUAUGUAUUUGCUGCGGAACUGUUCCCAACAGUUGUAAGGAAUUCUGGGAUGGGUGCCAGUUCUUUCUGUGCUCGAAUCGGCGGGAUGGCGUCACCGUACAUAGCAGAUUUAGGAACUCUGGUUGACGGAGAGUUCAGCAAAGCUCUGCCUUUGUUGGUGUUUGGUGGAUCCGCCAUCUUCGCGGGUAUCCUGUCUCUAUGGCUACCAGAAACACUGGACAGAGUUCUACCCGAAACCAUAGACGACGCCAAGAACUUCGGAAAACGGAAUACAAAGCACUCGUACGAGAUGGACAUUAAAGCGCCCAGUGAGGAGGCAAACGGCAAGUGGAACCCGAGUUUUGAUGACAAGAUGUAGACACUGGUCUACCACAUGUCAGGGACAUGGGACGUUUAGCAGAUCACAAACUCUGAGUAUUAGUUAACCAGACAUUGAGCCGAUAGGCUGGAUUCUGCACAUAUACUAGAAGCUAGGUGUGAUGACUUCACCCUGGCUGAAAUAUUUUUAACAUAUCGUAUUUAUAUUUCUUUCUUUUCGUCAUGACAA